AAUCACGCGGUGAGGAAACGGUUGCACAAACCCACCCUGGGCGAUGAAAACGAAGUUGGGGCUUGUGUGGCACUGGCGCUCUCUCUCUCGCUCUCUCUCUGACGGGAAGCCUCUCAAUUGUAUCGCCGCAUCGGCAUCUCCCUCAAUCUCUCCGCCCAAUCUCUCUCUACAACCCCCAACCUCCUUUCCUCCCUAGAUAUAACUCUUCACCGUCUCUCUCUCUCUCUCUCUCUCUCUCUCUCUCUAGCUUUCUUCAUCCCCGCUCUCUACAUUACCCAUUUGCAAUCACAGCCUUUUCUUUUUGGCGCGAUGGCCGUGGUUUUCCAAGCAACCGGAGCAGCUACAGCUCUCUCGUCUACAAUUAUCUUCGAUUCGAAGCGGAUUCAGUUCUCACAUCUCAGAUCCCUGUCGGGGAGGAAGACAAUCUGUUGCGCUGUAAAAUCUGAUGGGAGGUUGUACUCUGGUUCGAGUCCCAGAGGUCGCAAAGCCGAGCCAUUGAUUGCCAAUGCUGUUGCAACAAAAGCUGAGAGUUCGACGGCUUCAGCGGCAUCCAAACCUGGGCAUGAGCUUUUACUGUAUGAAGCCCUCCGUGAAGGCCUAGAGGAAGAAAUGGAAAGAGAUGCCACUGUGUGUGUAAUGGGUGAAGAUGUGGGUCAUUAUGGAGGGUCAUACAAGGUGACCAGAGGCCUGGCUGAUAAGUAUGGCGAUCUCAGGGUUCUUGACACGCCCAUUGCUGAGAAUUCUUUCACUGGCAUGGCCAUUGGAGCUGCCAUGACUGGUCUACGACCAAUUGUCGAGGGAAUGAAUAUGGGUUUUCUCCUUCUCGCUUUCAACCAGAUAUCCAACAACUGUGGAAUGCUCCACUACACAUCUGGUGGCCAGUUCAAAAUACCGGUGGUUAUUAGGGGACCUGGUGGAGUCGGCCGCCAGCUCGGGGCUGAGCACUCACAACGCCUGGAGUCUUAUUUUCAAUCGAUCCCCGGUAUCCAAUUGGUGGCGUGCUCAACCCCUUAUAAUGCAAAGGGGUUAAUGAAAGCUGCAAUACGAAGCGAGAACCCGGUGAUACUUUUUGAGCAUGUUUUGCUUUAUAAUCUCAAAGAGAGGAUUCCAGAUGAAGAGUAUGUGUGUAAUCUUGAGGAAGCAGAGAUGGUAAGGCCUGGGGAGCAUGUCACUAUUUUAACCUACUCCAGGAUGAGGUAUCAUGUGAUGCAGGCUGCAAAGACUUUGGUGAACAAGGGUUAUGAUCCCGAAGUUAUUGAUAUUCGGUCUCUAAAGCCAUUUGAUCUUUACACAAUUGGGAAUUCAGUGAAAAAGACACAUCGGGUGCUGAUUGUUGAGGAGUGCAUGAGGACAGGUGGGAUUGGAGCUAGUUUGACAGCAGCUAUUAAUGAGAAUUUCAACGAUUAUUUGGACGCCCCAAUUGUGUGUUUGUCAUCACAAGACGUGCCUACGCCGUAUGCUGGAACGUUGGAGGAAUGGACAGUGGUUCAGCCACCCCAGAUUGUUGCUGCAGUUGAGCAGCUCUGCCGGUAGUUGCAGCAUAAAUAGUCGUGACGGAAUUUCAGAUCCUGGUAUUGCUGUCAUGUUCCUAUAUAGUUUAUAGCUUUGCUUGCACCGCCACGAGAUUUUGAGAGGGGAUUUCUAGUUAAAGAACUUGGCAAGUGUUUGUUUAUUUGAUGUGUUAGUGUUAUCUUGUUUGCUUCAUUUCCAGUGGUGGUUGGGACCUUGUUAAGAGAUCUAAUACAGGUUGGAUGCGAGGAUUACAUUUGUGAUCCAUCCAUACAGUAACCAAUAAGCAGAAAUGUUCUUGGAAAUGAUCCCAUUUCUAAAAUUUGUUAAGCUUUGGUGUGAAUCCUUUUUAGUUUUUUGUUUGUGCACGUGCUUCCUCUUGAUUGUAUCAACCAAAACUGCCACUGUAUUGAUGUCGAAGUAAUCAGAAUUGGGAAAUAUGUAUCUCAGUGUAAUGGUUAUGUAACUUAUAUCAUUGGUGUUUCCAUAUCGAA